AUAAACUCUCCAGACACAUGCAAGUCCCAGGAGCUGCAGUGUUUCCUUCACCGUCUUCAUUCAGCUGGGGGAGAUGAGAAUUAGAGCGUCGAUUUUCACACAAAUGAUCUAAGCGCUGUUGGAUGGACAACCUAACAACGGUCAAGACAGUCAGCUCUGGAGGAGGCGCUGCAGGAAGCAGCAACGUGGUCACAAAAUCAGUGACGACUACUCGACUGAUACAGCAAAGUGAUCUUUCUCAAAGUGCGGGUGGUUCUGGUAGAAGAGCUGCAGCAGGAGGGUCAGGGACCACCACCAAUUCAGUUCUGACCACAUCCAGCAGCUCCCAUCAUGGUGGAUCUGGAACCAGUAAGGGCUCUGGGGCCAUAAGCAUUACCACUGUAGGUGCUUCCUCAGGUGGAGGGACAUCAGGGGGUGCUGGAGGGGGGUCCUCCAGCAUGUCCUACAGUUUUGGAAGUGGUGGCAAAGAAGGAAAAAGGGAAGGUUUGGGUGCUGUAACGGUUUCCUCAGUGACCAAGUCCAGCCACUCCUCAGGGGGAUCUGGGGAAGUGAAAAGAGGAUCUUCGUCUGCAGUCGCUUAUUCGCCUCCUUCGAAGGAGAAGAAGAGCAUUAGCACCAUGUCAGCAACCCUGUCUGAGGUCUUUGAUGAAAGCUCGAGCACAAAUUCAUCUCCGGAGUACAACAGAAAGGAGUAUGGUAGUUCAGGUGCAACUUCAAGUUCUGCCACUAGAGGGAGAACUCAGAGCCGAGAGAGUGAGAUCAGAGCCCGGCUCCAGAGUGCUUCUCCUCCUGCGAGAUGGACGGAGUUAGACGACGUGAAGCGUCUCCUGAGGGGGAACCGCUCCACCAGCACCAGUUCCACUACAUCCCCUAACAACACGCUGCCCAUCCCCAAGAAGGCCAGUUUGGAGACGAGGACCAUGUCCGAGGCCGCCGCAGACCAGUAUGACAGCGUUUGGUCUGCGGAUGUGAGCAGCGGCUUUGGUUACAGUGCAAACCCCAACAACUAUUCCACUUCUUCCACUUUCUACCAGUCAGGAGUCCAGAACAACCUGACUCUCGGCCCUCCCUCCAUAAACGCUGGACUGUCGGCCAGCAGCUCCGUUCCAGUGUAUGGCGUACAGAACAACCUGGCCACCUCCGGGCCAACAGUCCUCUCCCCGACCGGGGCCAACGCACAGAUAGUUUAUGGUGUGCAGAAAAAUGUCUCUGGAAUCAGCACAACAGCAGUGAGGCCCAGCAGUCCUGCCAGUCAUGAGGCCGUAGGAAAAGACUUUAACUUCGUGAUGAUAGAGAAGGACAACGCUCCUGUGAAGAAGGAGACGGAGCGGCUGAUCAUGGCCAAAGACACCGGGAAGCAGUUCAUGUCUGCUGCACCCACCAGUAACUCAGGGAGCUACUCUGAAGAUUCACUGAAGAGAGAGAAACAGAAGCUGUUGUCCAGCACUGUGGAGGAAGGGACUGAUGCUAAAACUUCAUCUCUGAAAGCUGGAACAAAAGACAAAGCCACCUACGCAGAGAUCCGUAAAGACGAGUCGAAUCUCGGCUUCUGCUCCUGCUGCAGCUGGUGGAAGUGGCUGCUGGGCCUCCUGCUCAGCCUGCUGCUCCUCCUCGGUCUCCUCUGUGGACUCAUCGCUUUGGGUGAAGAGGUGAAAAACCUGAAGAAACGCGUCGAGGUCCUUGAAGCCGUGACUGGAACCACAUCGGCCAGGUCCAGCCGACUGUCGGCCUCCUCCGGUGUCAACAUCCUCGACCCGCUGGACUCUAACUACGUGGACACCAGCUCCUCUGGCUCCACCAUCACCCGCUCUGAGAACGGGAUCAACCUGGGUGCUGCUGGGCUGGGAGGAGGUACCGGGACCGGACCGGGACUGGACAGCACCUCCCUGCAGAGGGCUGUGCAGCAGCUGGUCAGGGCUGAACUUCAAUCCAGUGCUGUGAGAGACACUCUGGCUUACUCUCUGAAAGGUGAAAGAGGAGAACCAGGACCUAAAGGCGAUCCUGGACAGCUUGGACAGAAAGGUGAGAGCGGUUUCCCCGGCAUGCCAGGCCCUCCUGGUCAGACUGGACACCCCGGACUGGAUGGACCGAGGGGACCGAAGGGAAGUGCAGGUGAACCAGGUCCAGAAGGACCAGCGGGCCAGAGGGGUCGCGAAGGACCAAUGGGCCCUCGAGGAGAAACAGGACCACCUGGUUUUGGAGAGAAAGGAGAUAAGGGAACUCAAGGUGAGUCCGGACGUCCUGGUCCUGCUGGUACUCCAGGACCUGUGGGUCCAAAAGGUGCUGUGGGAGAUCAGGGUGCUCCAGGAAUACCCGGUGCUCCUGGUGUAAAGGGCUUCCCGGGUGAAGCUGGAGCUCCAGGAGCUAAAGGUGAUCGAGGAGCAGCAGGGGCCCAAGGGAUUAAAGGAGAUCAGGGAGAGCGAGGACCACGUGGACCAGCAGGUGAACCAGGACAACCUGGACCACAAGGGCCUGCUGGAGCUAAGGGGUCUAAAGGAAGUGGAGGUGAAGUUGGUUCCAUGGGACUUCCUGGUGUGAGAGGACCACCUGGACUUCCUGGAGAUAUUGGUCCUCCGGGUAUUCCAGGUCUACAAGGACCCCCGGGUAUUGCAGGAAAUCCGGGACUGCCUGGUGGUAAAGGUGAACCAGGGUCACCUGGUAAAGUAUUUAGCUCAGUUGGUUCUGAUACUGUGGCCAUUCCUGGACCUCCAGGACCAGCUGGACCCCCAGGUCCUGCUGGAGCUCCUGGUCUAUCUGGUCCCAUCGGGCCUGCUGGUGUCCCUGGACAACCAGGUCCAAAGGGAGCAUCUGGGGAAAAAGGAGAAAGGGGUGAAAAGGGUGAAAAGGGGGAGAAAGGGGAAAAGGGAGAGAAGGGGGAGCAAGGUCAGCCAGGAAAGCCAGGUACCAGCAUCACAUCGGAAACUGUCAGCGCCACCAGAGCCGACAAACUUUCUGCAGUGGCUGGACCUCCUGGUCCACCUGGACCUCCAGGGCCUCCUGGAGAUCCUGGUCCACAAGGUCCUCCUGGUGAAGGUAAACAGGGUCCUCCAGGCCCUCAAGGUCCUCCUGGAGAGUCAGGUGUUGGUGUACCUGGUCCUCCAGGUGCGAAAGGAGAACCUGGCAGCUUUGUGCCCAACUCAGAAAGCUUCUUUGCUGGACCACCAGGGCCUCCAGGACCUCCUGGUCCACAGGGUCCACCAGGGUUUGAAGGGCAACAAGGAUUCCAAGGUGAACCAGGACAGCCUGGUCUUCCAGGAAGUCCAGGAGAACCAGGUGUUGGUUUCCCAGGUCCCCCCGGACUUGAGGGUCCACCAGGCCCAGAAGGUCCACAAGGACCUAAAGGCAAUGAUGGAGCUCCUGGGAUCCCGGGAGCUGACACCGGUAGCUCAUAUAUUCCUGGCCUGCCCGGCCCACCUGGACCACCUGGUGCAGCAGUUGAUAUGGGCCUGUACAUUGCAGAGUACCUUCAGAGUGGCAGUAUCAGACAGUACCUGGCUGGUCCUCCUGGUCCUCCUGGUGCUCAAGGGGAGCCAGGCCCCCCUGGACAUUCAGAAGAUGGGCUGGUGGAUGAUGUUGCCAGCCGUGUCAUCGCCUACAUUCAGAGUUCAGGAGCUCCUGGUCCUCCUGGUCCACCAGGAAGCAUCUCUGUCAAUGACAUCAUUAGUCUACUGCAGCGAGAAGAUGUGAGGGCAUAUCUUACAGGCCCUCCUGGUCCACCAGGCCCUCCUGGAGCUCCAGGCUAUAGCGGUUACUCCGUUAACACACAAGAGUUGGUUGAACGUGUCUUCACUCUUAUGAAUGAGAGAGGUGGGUUGGGAGCCCCUGGACCACCUGGGCCUCCUGGACCUCCUGGAAACUUGUUAACAACUGGGUUUCAUAAUCUGGAGGGUGCUCAGGGACCACCUGGUCCACCUGGUUUUCCUGGGCCACCUGGACCAGCCGGACCACCUGGACCACCAGGAUUUGGGAGUUACGUCAGCUCAGAUAUCCAUGACUACCUGCAAAAUGUUGCUGUCAGAGGCCCUCCUGGCCCCCCUGGACCUCCUGGACCUGAGGGGCCCCCUGGUCCAAUUGGUCGACUAGUUUCCCUUAAUGAUCGCAGCAGAGAGAUGCUGAGUGCUGAGCUACAGGAAUAUGUCAAGAAUGAUGAUGGUUUGAACAGAGCUAUGUUUGGACAACCCGGCCCACCAGGCCCUCCUGGACCCCCAGGACACAAGGGAGAGCCAGGUGUGCCUGGUGCUGGACACUGGAGCCCAGAUGCGACUGAGUUCUCCAACAUGGCUGUAAAAGUAACCGAUUACAUUAAAUCUCAUGGUCUCCUGCGUGAUCAGUACUACAAUGGAUGGGCCACCCAGGGACCCCAGGGACCACCUGGUCCUCCAGGAUCUAGCUCUCACAUGAACGUCACAGAUUUAGUGGAAUACAUUAAAACACACGGAGCCAUCAUGGGACCACCGGGGAGACCUGGACAGAAAGGGAACAUAGGACUCCCGGGACCAAAGGGAGAAAAAGGCGAGAGAGGCUUUCCUGGACUUCAGGGACCAGGAGGACCAAAAGGUGACAGAGGAGAAUUUCCACUGAUGACGACGAGACGGCGAAGAGAUGCAGGUGUUUGAGGACUGCGUCGCUGCUCUGCGGUGAAUGAACUGAAGCACAGCUUUCAUGCUGAGCGGCUGUAUUUUUGUUUAUAAUUAUUCUCCAGGUGACAUAAAAUCACAGACUGUGAAGCACUGAGUUAGUUUGUUUGAUGCUCGGUGCUGAGGGGGCAUUUGUGUGGUCAUGUCUUUUUA